AUGGUCCGCUUCAGGGUCGCAAGGCUUGUUGUGGCAGUCGCUGCUUGUCAGCUUUUGUCGACGACCUCAGCACAAUCGAGACUGGCAACGGCGUCGGCAUCACUUUCAUCACAGAAUGGCCUCGUCUCGGCGACCUUGGCUCCGACUCCGAUAAGCCUGCAGAGCGCGUCAGCUACAAGGUCAGGUGCUUCGUCGACAUCCAGCGCGUCCAGUGAGCCGCAGACUCAUCUCAUCAAGGUCGGGUCCGGGGGCUUUAGGUUUGUGCCGCAGGAGUUGACCAACGUGUCUGUCGGAGAUACUGUGACGUUCGAGUUCUACCCUCCGGAUCACUCCGUACUACAAGCAGAGUUUGGCAGCGCCUGUGUGCCGUACAGCUACGCCGACAAAGACCAUGAAGGCAAGGGCUUUUGGACAGAGACGCAAUGGGUCAAUACAACGGCAGAUAUCACACACUACAACAUCACCAUCAACGACACGGCUCCAAUCUUCUUCUACUGCGCCGCUCCCAACUCGUGUAUAGGCGAGCUCAUGGUCGGCGCCAUCAACGCCAACAGCAGCCAAACGCUCGCGGCCCAGAUCCAAGCGGCCAAGGACGCAGACUUCCAGCUCGCCGUCGGCGACCCCGUGCCCAAGGAAGCGACGUCUACCCUCCUCAACGGCCCCACGGCUACUUGGGCAUCGAGUCCCACGCACAGCCCGUCUUCGGGCGGUUCGCGCCUCUCGGGCGGGGCCAUCGCGGGGAUCGUGGUGGGCUGCGUAGCGUUCCUGGUGUGUUGCGCAGCGCUGUUCUUCUACGUCGGGCGGUCCAAGUCGCUCAAGGAGGUGAUCAAGCGGCAGGAUGCCACGGCGGCGAGAAACUCGACGCCCGGCCCGGAUGCGGGAUACUUGGGGCACGAGCAGCAGGCGCCGCGGUACGGGAGCCCCGCGCCACCGUACGGACAGCACAACGCGACGGAUCAGUAUCCCGGCGGAUGGCAAGGGAGUCCUCCGAUGCACCAGGGCCAUCUGAGCAUGAUGAGCCAAGUGUCUGGCAUGAGCCAGGAACAACUGGAUUACUACAAGCAGUCGCAAGCGCAGGCGCAGGCUGCACCCGUGGAGCUACAUUCGCCAGAGCCGGGACAGCAGGAGUUCAGGGCGGAGCUGGAAGGUGGAGCGAACAAGGCGGCGACGACAACGUAG